CAAACGUAGAAGUGCACCUGCAAUUUAAACUUUAAUAAUUUAAUUUCGUUUUGUUCUUUUUAUAAAAUUUGAAAUUAAUUUGAAAACAAAAAAAUAAAAUAAAAUGACCUCAACAAAUUUAACAUUUAAAACACCUGAUCUUAAAAUAAAUGAAAGCGUAUCAGCAAAAAUAAUGGAUAAUAAAAAUAAAAUUAAAACUCCAAAUAAAAUUCAACCGAAAAAUAAAAAUCGUCGUUCAUUUACACCAAAUAAUUUAAAUAAUAGUUUACCAUCACCGGGUAUUUCACCAAUUCCAGGAAAUAAUGGUCGUGCAUUAAAAAAUAAUAAUUGUCCUAAUACAAAUAACAAUAAUUCAAAUUUAAAAUAUAAUUCAUAUACAAAUAAUACACUUUUGGAUGAUUCUAUAAUAUUAUCAUCAUUAUCACCAUCAUAUAGGGCUGAUCAUCUUGAUGAUAUGUUAUUCACUCUACCAAAAAAAUUAGUACCGCAUAAGAAAACUGUUAUAAAACGUACUUCAUUAAAUAAUAAUAAUGAUUCAAAUAAUAAUAAAUCGAUGAUUCCUGGAAUAAAAUCAAAUUCAAUGAAUACACCAUUAUUUUCAGCGAAAUCUUUAAAUUUUUUAUCAUCAACACCAUCAAAUAAUAAUAAUAAUAGCAUUAUUGAUAUUGAUAACAUUGAUGAUCGAAAUAAUCUUGAUAAUAAUAUAUCAUUAAUAUUUAAUAAAUGUGAUAAUUUAAGUGCAGAUUCAAUUGAUUUCAGUGAUAUACAAUUAACACCAAAAACUACUCAUAAUAAUCGUAUAACAAUAUCAUCAGUUCUAUUUGAAUUAGGCUUACAAAAAUAUAUUAAAAAUUUUCAAGAGAAAAAUAUAUCAUAUAAUUCAUUUAUGAAUUUUAAUAAUUCUGAUUUAAUUAAUUAUGGUAUCGAGAAUGAGAGUGAUCGUGUUCAUAUGUUAAAAUUAAUUAAUUCUGAAAUGGAAUCACCAUGUUAAAGCGAAAAAUACAAUAUUGAAAUAUCAAAAAUUUAAAUAUGAAUACUAAUUUAUUUAUUGAUCUUGCAUUGAUGGUUUCAUGUAAAUUCUAAAAUUUAAAAAAAAAAUAAUAAAAUUUUUGUAAUUAAUUAUUUAUUAUCAUUAUGAUAUUUUUACUAUUAUAUUUAAAUUCAGCAUUUUGUUAUAAAAUAAAAUAUUAAAUUUUGUUAUUAAAAAAAAAAAGAAAAAUCAUUCUGUAAAAAAUAAAAUUACAAAAAAAAAAUUUAUAAAAUAAGAGAAGUUUCAACAAAACUUAUUUACUUUUUCUGCUUUCAUAUGUUCAGCUCAAUGUGAAGAUUCAGGGGUGCAUGUGGAACAAUGUACUUUGAUAUAUAAAUUAAAUAUUCAGGGGUGCGUUGUAUAGCGUCGGAUAUACUGUAAAUAUUUACCACUUAUAAUAUUUAUCAGCAUAACAAUCAUCGGUGGUAUUAGCUUCCCAGGAAUAAAAUAAAUUAUAAUAUUAAUUUAGUGUCGAAUAUACUCUAUAUUAGGCCAUCAGCAUCAAGUUCA